GGGGGGGAGCCGGGCGCGAAUGGCCGAGUCACACAAAGACUCGAGUUCACGACGCAAGUGCGUCCUCCAGGAAGAGGGUGCCCCCAGUCGGUGCGCGGUCGGGAGCGCGAAAGUGCGCCCCUCCAGGAAGAAGGUGCCCCCGCUCCGAGCGCCACUUUUUUAUUUUUAUUUUUUGGCGCUCUCGGCGAGCGAGCCGCGAGGAGGCGGAAGACAGUCCCGGGCCGGCGCGGGAAUCGGGGCCAGCAAGCUCCUGAGUUGCUGCGCGUGUCGCCCUGCCGGCGAGCCGCUGCGGCGGUCGCUCCCUCGUCCAGGUUUUGAAAAGUGCCUUUUCUGAAAACUCUGCUGCUUGGAUUCUACUCUAGAGCUCUCUUUCCAAGCCCUCUCCCAUACACCCUCCUCCACUCCUGCCCCUACAAAACUCGCUGUGCUUGUAGUUCACUGUCAGCAACUCACCCGUUUAUUUUGUCUCUCAUUCUCAGUUUUCUUAGUCAUUUUCCCUCCCCUUGAUUUUGCGAAAUUAUUUUUUAGGUUGUAACAUCCUCCCAAACUUAUUCUUCAGAAUUGGGGAGACAGACUUUUCUCCCUUGAUCUGAGACCAUUCCACACAUUGAAGGGCAGCCAGCAACAUAUGCUUUUUGUAAGAAUAAUUGAAAACAUCAACUAGACAGCAUAGAAUUCUUUUGAAAGUCUGCCAGUUAUUUGAAGCAAAUUCAGUAAAGGAACAAAAUAUAGUACUCAAUAUCUUAACCUCAGUAGUUGCCUUCUUAGGGCUUGGUCUCUAAUUUGAUUUUUGGUUAUUCUGAUGCAAAGUUGACUUAAGUGGCUUUUUGUGUUUGACCAGAUUAGGUUUGCCUUCACUGAGAACCUAAGUGCUAAAGAAACACAUUCCAUCAAAGCAACCUGCUCUCACUCCUCAUUUGCUUCAGAUUCACGUAGACUCCUCAAACCGCUCACUGACAGAUUACUGUCCGAAAGAGGGUGCACUUGAUUGCCAUUUUGCUUUCAAUAUGUCUGCUGUUAAUGUAGCUCUCAUUCGAGAUACCAAGUGGCUGACUUUAGAAGUUUGUAGAGAAUUUCAGAGAGGAACUUGCUCUCGAGCUGAUACAGAGUGCAGGUUUGCCCAUCCGCCAAGAGUUUGCCAUGUGGAAAAUGGCCGUGUGGUGGCCUGUUUUGAUUCUCUGAAGGGUCGGUGCACUCGAGACAACUGCAAGUACCUACAUCCCCCACCCCAUUUAAAGUCGCAGCUGGAAAUUAAUGGGAGAAACAAUCUGAUUCAACAGAAGACUGCCGCAGCCAUGUUCGCCCAGCAGAUGCAGCUUAUGCUCCAGAACGCUCAGAUGUCAUCUCUUGCAUCUUUUCCUAUGAAUCCAUCACUUGCAGCUAAUCCUGCCAUGGCUUUCAAUCCUUACAUGCAUCAUCCUGGGAUGGGCCUGGUUCCUGCUGAACUUUUACCAAACACUCCAGUUCUCUAUUCUGGAAAUCCACCUCUUGCAUUGCCAGGAGUUCCUGCCCCAAAGCCAGCUCGUACAGAUAGACUGGAGGUUUGCCGUGAAUUUCAGCGUGGAAAUUGUACCCGUGGGGAGAGUGAUUGUCGCUAUGCUCACCCUACUGAUGUUUCUAUGAUUGAAGUGUCUGAUAAUACUGUGACAAUCUGCAUGGAUUACAUUAAAGGCCGAUGCUCCCGGGAGAAAUGCAAGUACUUUCAUCCUCCUCCACACUUGCAAGCCAAACUCAAGGCAGCUCAUCACCAGAUGAACCAUUCAGCGGCUGCUGCAAUGGCCCUGCAGCCAGGUGCACUUCAACUGAUACCAAAGAGGUCAGCCCUGGAUAAGGCCAAUGGUGCCACCCCAGUCUUUAAUCCCAAUGUUUUCCACUACCAGCAGGCUCUGGCUAACAUGCAGAUUCCGCAGCCGGCAUUUAUCCCUACAGGGCCAAUACUGUGCAUGGCACCCGCUUCAACUUUUGUGCCCAUGAUGCACGGUGCUACACCUUCCACUGUGUCUGCAGCAACAACACCUGCCACCAGCGUUCCCUUCGUUCCAACAACUACAGGCAAUCAGAUGCCCCAAUUAUCAAUAGAUGAACUGAAUAGGAGCAUGUUUGUUUCACAGAUGUAGAAGUUACCAGUAGAACAUUGAAAUUCUGAGCAGCAGAGUUACGGAGUAUCAGAAUCUCUCAACGAGAAACUCCAUAUGGCCUUUCUAUAUGUAUUCUCGUAUGUCCUCUUCUACCAACACAACGAUAAGCAUGGUGCAGUCAAUAUAUUAAGCACAUAUACCAGUUGAAAAUUUAAAAUAAAGCAUUCAAAAAUCUUUGGAGAUAUUAAAGUGAAUAGAAAAUUGAUCACUGUGUGUUACCUAGUAUGGAUUAUUAAUUGUAUAUGAGUUAGCAUAUAGAAUACAACCAUGUAGCUUUGCCAUUUAUUUGAAUUAUCAGCUCCAUAUUAUAUGAAUUACCCAUCUGAUAUGAAUUAUCAUAUAGAAAUUAACCAUAAAAUUUUCUGAUUUUUUUUCCAAAAAUGAUUUAUGUUAAGUGAACUUGCACAGAGUACUGUAGUAAGCUUACUGUACUUUCUUGGUGGAUAAAUUCUGUUUCUGAAGUGUUACCUUACUGUGUUGUUUACAGGAUAGUCUAUUGGAUUGAUGUAGAAUGUAACUAAUAUAUCCAGUACCAUUUCCCCCAUUGAUAUAUUGUAUUAAAUUGGGUUCUGUUUAGCUUUUCCAUGCUAGUGUUUUGUUGUUUAUCCGUGGUGUUUGAUUUCAAUUAAAUGUCAUUAGUGGGGAAUAGUGGAAUAGUGUGAUUGAAAAACAUGACAGGUUCAGGUUAAUAUGUACUCUUCAAAACAUUUCUAUAAGUUUCUUGAGGCAUACGUUUAACAGGCUUCACUUCUGAGUAUACACAAAACCUGUUCAUAGAACUUUACAUGUAGAUCUGACCUUGCAUAGCCAAUAAUAUACUCAAUUUUUAAAAGAGAAAAUAAUUACCUACAUAUGAUAGGAAAGUUCAAAUGUUAACCUCAAACCCUCCUCUUAAAUAACCUGCAAAUCAAGUAUUCCCAUUCUAAGAAAUAUCUGAGCACGUAGAAAGAUGAUGGAGAGCAGCCGCUACAUGUAUUGUGUCACAGGGUCCUUUCUCUCGGCCUGAGUCUCUAAAAUUGAGCCAUUUGUCGUCUUCAGUUGAGAAAUGGUACUUACUGCUUUAAAGGCAUGAUAAUCGUAGGUUGUAAGUCAAGAAGAGAGAUGUGGGCGUGGAGACAGUUUUUAUGUACUGGCAGAAAGUGUGUAAAACCUUUGCACUGUAACCUUUUGGACAAGUGCCAUUUUCCAAAUGCAAAUGGCUCAUGUUCUUUAGACUCCUCUUUGAAUAAUAAGAUGCAGUCUAGCAGAAGUCAAUCCAGGUGAAAGAGAAUUGUUUCCAAAUGAGGCCUUACCUCCCCAAAUAGACAAUCUUCUCUAUUGAUCACAGAAAGAGCUGAGUACAGGUUUGGAGAACUGGCAGGGAUGGGGUCAGGGAGACAUUUAAAAUGACUGACUGAUUAUGCAGAACUAGAGAAGGUUUCCCCAAUUGUCUUUCACUUCAUUUCCACUGAGUUUCCAGUUUCCUACAAGCUGCAGUGAAGUAGCAAGCUUUGACAAGGGUUUCUCUGUCCAAACUUUAACAUCAGUUUUGGGGCUUUUGUUGUUUUAUGUCUCAGAGCAAAACCUAUUUUUGUCUCAUUUGAACUUAUUUUCCUUUAUAUGCAUUUCAAAAUUAUAGUCAGUUUUAUCAUCGUUUGUCUAGUAGAGAAUAGCAAUAUCCCAUGGAUGUGUGGUAUGAAUUCUUCUUACUAAUACUUACAGAAUAAUCUCACAAAUAUCAAAUAGUAAUCCAUCUAUUUCUGUGACAUAUAGUGUACCUUUUCUACUCUACAUAGCUAUUAUUAACAUUACUAUUAUUAUAAAAGGGAGGAAAUAUAUUCUAACAGCUUAAGUAGAUUCAAUAUUUUCUACUCAAUAUGUAUUCUCCCAUUGGAAGGUAUAAAAUCAUCAAAUUUUUGAACAUAUAAAGGUUGUUUUUCUUCAUGAAAAUCACAAGCAAAGAGAAAACAUUUGGGAUACCUUAAGGUAAUUGGAUUGAUUUUAAAAACAGUGGAGUUGGCAAAGACUUUAUUGCCUUUUUCAUGGUUGAUAAAACAGAGAGACAGGCUGUGUGACUUGCCUAAGGCUGCCUAGCCAUUGUGGGAACCAAUUGUUCCUCCUUUUUACAUCUUUCUUUGGAACAUUUGCGACUCCAACUCAAAGCAGAUCAGAUUGGCUCAGAAUAAAAAAAAUACCUCUGGUGAUUGGUAUCCUAUUGAUCUUAAUUAUCCAGGUGAAUCCUGUUCACCAGUUAUUUCUAAAUCAUCUUGUUUGUAUAUUGGGGCCUCUGCCCUUUGCUAAUUAUUGCCUCAAGUUAGAGACUGAGAGUUGUGUGUCCUUUUACCUGUGUGGGCUUUUUUGAACCACUUAAUUUCUGUUUUCUAAAAUCAUAAUUCCAGAAAGAAUGUACCUGAGCUAGACUAGAUGUAGUUCUUAGUGGAUAUGAGAAUGUUUUGUGCAAAAUGAACUUUUUGUAGUUUGACAUUUUGAUGCAACAUACUAUCUCAUUGAACUUCUUAAACUUUGGACAAAAGUAGACAUAGAUGAGGACUUAGAGGAGAGCUGUUCUCACAUUGCUCUAAGCACUGGAAAAUCCUAGCGUUGACUUAUUUUUAAGAAGAUUUUCAGUGAUGAACAUUCAGGGUCGUUGUCUUUUUGGUGCAACGCAUCUCAAUAACAUUUGAAAGUUGCUGUGUAUGUGAAGUUUAAGAAAGCAAGCUCAAAGCUCGAAUCUUUUGAUCAAAUUUAACCGAGUUUUGAGAGAAAUGAAACUUUUAAGUUGGCACUCUUUAGUUGUGCAAUGAAUAAUGAUCUUAUUGAAGAAAACACAAGUCAUUUGACUAUAAAUUGAAUUAACAAGACAAGUCACAACAAAUCAGUGACUCUAAACAAAAAUUUACUGAAUCAUUUGUAAAUAAACUAAAUUCUAAUCAGUUGUGAUUCUUACUUAGCAUUUUGUAGUCUUUGUGUUUUACAAUGGCCUCUAUUUUUAUUUCUCCAAAAUUAUCAGUUUUGUCCAUAUUCUCAGCCUUUUGCCAAAAUUUGCAAGACUGCUGAAACUUGGAUAAAACGUCAGAUAUAUAGACAAGCAAUCUAAACAUGUCAUUGAAGAAGGGAUUAGUAGUUUCAGUUUUUACAAAAAGCACUGUGAGACCAUAAUAUUUUAAAUAGGGACUGAAAUUAAAUAGAUUCAUGAAAUUGUUAUUGAAAUACAGUGUUUACUUUUGAAAUUGGAGCUUGAAUCCACACCCAGCUGUUGCUUUUGAUGUUACUUUUUUAGAUUUAUCUUUAAUUUGCAUCUGAUCAUGAAAGCAAUCCUCUUCCUGUUCCAUCCAUCUUGCACAUCCAUUUCUGGACAUGCUAAAGCACUUUCAUCUGGCCAUAAGUGUUGUCCACUGUUAGGAGCUCUCAACUCCGCUGAUCUCCCGGAAAAAAACAGUACCUGCUCUCAGCCAUCAGCAGGAACCAAAGGAAAUUAGUGCUUUUUGACUUGAAUUAGCUUUGAAUGGCAUGGUCAGUCAGACAGUGGUGUGUGAAGAAGGAACAGCAUCUACACUACAUUGUAGGAAAUGAUUGACGUGGUUGAGGCAGCUCAUGCGCUACUUGGAAUGUCAGUUGAUUCUUUUCCUUGUCUUUGAAGACUGUUGGUGAGGAUGCCCUUAGAUGAACUGCAGCCCAAGUUUGCUGAGAUCUGUCGAUCUGUGGGAUGGACUGUGGGAUGCAGAAUGAAUUAGCAGCUGUACUUCUCUUUCUCCUUUAAAAAAAAAAAAGCUUUUCUAUCUUUCACUUACAUUAAAAUGGAAAUAAGUAAAAUGGGGGGCUCCAAUUUCUAAUUUUGAUUUGUAGAUUUAAUAAGAUAGUGGCCUAAUUUUACCAGUGCCUGUCAGAGAUAGUAGAAUAAAAUAGAUAAAAGAGUUGAACGUUUGUUUUGCAAGUUUAGCAGAUAGUCAAAUCAAACUGUAAAUAGAGGCUCCUGAGUACCAAGUCACUAAUUGGUGCCAUGUUUUCAUUCUUUAUUGUUAGUUUUUAAUGUUUUUAUUGUACUACAUUUUUAUAUCUAAGUAACUAAUGAAUUUAAUUUUGAAGAAAAGUUAGAGAAAGUUUAAGUUUUUACUACACAUAUUAGGCUAUUACACCAUUUAUUAGGCACUAAACUGACACUGUACCAUAUCACAUUAUAGAUUACAGCCCAUAACUACACUCUACAAUUCACAGUUUAAGGACAAGUUUAGCUUGGCACACAAAUAAUAGUUGUCAGCUAAAUAUAUUUAGUUGUUGCCUUCGCAACAAAACUACAACAUGGCUACCUUUAGACAUGCGUGCAUGUAAAACUUUUAUUGGUAAGCUAUAUGUGGUUCAUGACAGUGCGAACAUAUAGAAGAUACAGCUCAAAACUGAUGAUGUUUUUGAAGCCCUGAGUUCCAUGUGAAAGCUGGGUGUGUCCUCUUAUAGGACACAAAAAUGUUUAUAACACACGGAUUCUAGAGUCAGGCUUUAUAGUUUAUAGAAUUGAUUGUGUUGAUAGGGUUGAUACAGUAUUUUGUCACCAGAACAAGAAUGGCAUAUAUAUUACCUGACAUUUCUUCUUAACUUCGUUCAAAAUUACCUAUUCAUGUAGUAUCUGUAGCUAUAAAAAGAAUCCUAUUUUCUGGAAUAAUAUACAAGAAUAUGUGAGGAUUAAAGCAUAAUUCAGCAUUUUGAAAUUAACUAGUAUUUGUGAAAGCACACGUAAACAUACUGUAGAACGGUCCCUGAACAGUGUUAAGAAGCAUAUGCUGCAGUUACCUGACUGUCUCAGUUAGGGUGCGAAUGUGUGAGACACACCUUUUUUGCACUUAUGUACAUAGUCCAUGAAAGCAAUCCUUGGAGCUUUUUAGAAUAUAAGAAGUCUGUGGUAAUAGCAGAGAGUUAGUGAGAGUGAUUUCUGAGGCUUUGAGAAGGUGGGGUUUUAUUUGCUCUGAGAAUUAGCAAAACCAUAGUGCUGAGUGCUGUUGUGGACGCUUGCUAGUUUGCCACAGUUCACCGGAAGCUCAGCCGCAGAUAUAUGCCAGAUUCCCUUAACAGCACUGAGCGAAAGUAAAAAGCACUCCUUUUAGUAAGGCUACUAGCAAAGAUUAUUCUCUUUGUUGAUUAAUUCCCACUGUAAAAAUACACACACACACACACACACACACACACACACAUCACACUACACACUCAUGCAUGCACCACAUAGUGGGUAAGGUUCCCAGCAGAGGCUUUCUUUUUUUCAAUUAUAGAAAGCAAGAAAAAAUACUCUCUCCAUUACAAGAUAGUAACUCUCAAAUCCAGUUAAAACAGACUUCAUCCUUCAUAGUUAAUACAUACAUCAAUUAGUGUGGAUUUAAGUGAUAAAUUGUUAAUGCUUUAACUAAGUGAAAGAGAACCAAGCCAAAGCUUACAUAAUAUGGAAGUUGGAAGACAAUGUCAAUCUAACCCACUCUGUCAGUUUUCAUGCCACACUUACAGAUAGACAAGGAACUUGAUUAUUGCCCCCACAAGGCACCGAGGCUUAGCAAACGGGGAAGUUUGAAAGGUUAAGGGAUGGAUCACCACUGGCACUUAGAGUCCUUCCCAUCUUGAGGCAGGUAUCACUCAUGUAAACGAAGGACCCGGUCCUAAACUGAGAGCAGUUCUUACGAAAUGCCGCUACCCAUAUUGCUAACUCUUAGAGAUAGAAAAAGAGCUACAACCAUUGCUCAGAGGUUACCACUUACCUAGAUGAGUGAAGUCCUGGAUUCCCUCCCCAGCACUGCAAAAGGAAAAAAAGGGAAGAAAAUGAAAGAUGGAAAACAAACCAAAGGCAGAAAGCAACCCAAGGCUUACAUGAAUCCCAUAGCUUAGAGCCAGUUGACUAGAAAUUGCUCUUCUUUUUCCCUCAGCUCCUCAUCACUUAAGAAUCAGCCAUACCAAACAUCCUAACAAUCCGAGCAGCCAUUUUGGCCAAUAGAAAAUGUAAACAUACCUUUAUUUUGUAGUUAGUUAUGCCCACUUCAGCCUUAUUACCCCCAUGAUUUCACAGUGUCUUUACAUGGACAUUCCCUUGUGAAUCUGUAAGAAGAUGACAUCCAUUGGUAUUAAGUUAUGACUAAUUCAUAAUUUAUAGCCCCUCUAUCUGCCCUUGCCUAUAAGUGAAUUUCUCACUGACAUUAAAAUCUGGAUUAUCCUAGACGAAUUUUAUGUUUAUAUAAAACCCUUCCUCAAUUAUAGUGUACCUAAAAAUGAAAAGUGCUUUUGUUGGAAAUAAGUUGCCACUCUGUAUAGAUACUGCAUGAAUCCUCACUAGUAUUCUUUUCCAUCGUGUUACUUUUUCAAAUACCUCUGUAGCAAGACCUAGAAGAAUUAAGCGAGCUUUUUAUCCCAAAUACACAACCUUAAGACUGUCAUAGGACUACAUGGUUCCAAAGCUUUAUUUCUGUAUACAGAUGCUGUCUAUUAAUGACAGAAACCAAAUUGUUUUGUUGCUGUGUCUUUUGUGUCUAGCAGUUGAGUGAAUGAUAUGACCAUCAUUUCAUGAGAUCCUGGGAGUAGCCUUUUCAAAACAAGCUUCUUUUUAUUACUAUAGCUAUUGCUUUAGUUAUAAAAUGAGCCAUUUGCUCCCAAAUCCAAUAAUUAAAAUGAAGUUCAUUUUUAUAAGGUGACGUCUCACUCACUAUACUGUGUAAACUAGUCCAAAUUCCAUGGCCUUAAAUGCUUUGAUUUUCCCAUGUCAGCCUUCCAGGUAGAUUAAUUUGUUUAACAUGAUGAGCUAGGUUCCUCCUUUGUGUGAUUUUAAAGGGAUAAUUAUACCUUUAUCUAACAAUGAUAGUGGAAGCAUUUGUCUUGGGCAAAAGAAAAUGGAAAUUUAAAAAUGUUAUAAUAGCCGGGCGGUGGUGACACAUGCCUUUAAUUUUGGAAGCAGAGGCGGGCAGAUCUCUGUGAGUUUGAGGCCAGCCUGGUCUACAGAGUGAGUUUCAGGAUGGCCAGGCUACACAGAGAGACCCUGUCUCGAAAAAAAAAUAAAUGUUAUAAUGAGAAAAUUCUUAGCCCUAUGCAACAAUUAAAAUCUUAAGUAAUGACCAAAAUACUUUACAAAUAAAAACUGUUCACAUAAUAUUUUGUCCCCAAAUGCAGCAAUUCAUUCCCUCAACUGCAAAUGUUUGGACUUUUUUCAAGUUACAGUGUUGUAUUCUCUGUUUGUGUUUAGAAGUGUGCAUUAUAUAGCUCAUUUUAGUAUGCUACUUUUUAUGUUUAUUUUUUAUUCUUUUAAUAAAGUUUGCAAAUUCCUUU